UUCACAUCACAGUUUCCGGCAAGUGUUUCCGAAAAGAUAACGCGUCGGACGCAGUUCAUGGACGGUCGAGAAAAUUCCAUUGAGGGAGACACACCAAAGCAAUAAGGUUUAGCUGAAUUCUACUUGAAUCUGGAAAAAAACAAUGUGUCUGGCCAGACGUACCUGAAAUAUUGAUGUCGUCAGUCAGUAGAGGUGUGAAAUUUAACACAAGUAAAGUAGAAAACGGGAUUAAAUUAAAAAAAAAUCGAUUGGAUACCUUACGAUAGUUAAAUUAUAUUCAGAACAGACCACUUGAGAGACGUGAACACAGAAAGUCACGCUGUGUUGUAGUAACAUGUACAAAAAUGAAGUGGAGGGUUUAAUAUAGACAAAACGUUAUAGAAAAAUGGUCAUAAUGAACGCUUGUGUAAUUCCGGGUGUAUUUAUUAUACUUUUUGUAUCAAGUUGCUUAGCAGCAAAUUCAACAGAGGCCAAUAAUGUUUCUGUGGAAAUGGAUCGUAUCUCCAUAGAUACCAACAUGACACUACAGGAUGUUGUGUCAGAGCUGCUUGCCUCUGAAGGUUCAGGUUUUGCGCAACAAACAUCACAUGCACGAGGAGAUUGCCAAUGUUCUAAAUAAGAGUCAUGAACUUUUACACAAGGAUGGACACGGGAGGGCCAGAAACUCCCGGAAACAGAUCCGUCAGAUCGUAACUCACAUGCGCACACUGAGUUUGGACAUCCGACAACUCCAUUACCAGACAGUAUACCUGAGAAAAGGGUUUGAACUCGCCCUUAAUGACACUAAGACUAACUUUGGUGGGAGGUUCGAGGGUGUCCUUGGUUCGAUAUCCAACAUGUCAGGCGCCAUGGAAGCUAUGACGUCACGCGUCGGUGCAUUGGAGGACGGCAUGAGGAAUGCUGGGAUUGCGGUGCCAACAAUAGAGCCAUCUGUGUCCAUGCGAGCGGUCAGUACAGUAGUGACCACUGUUCGUGGGCGGACGGCCGUGCUGGGCUGUGUUUGGACUGUGGACGGAGUUGACCAGCCAAACAUUUCUAUAUCAUGGUCAAAGACAGACGGGGUGCUGCCACCUGAGAGUAUAACGGAGAGUAGCAACCUGAUCAUACAUGAUGCAGACUACAGUGAUGGCGGUAUGUACUUGUGUCGUCAUAGCGAACGUGAUAAUGACGUCACGUCGACCACAGUGGAACUUAUCGUUAAAGUGCCAACUCUGACGAUGAAGGCCAAGCGAGAGGACAUCUCAGCCUAUCGAGGAAGUAAGGUCGUGCUGGAGUGUCGUAUUACUGGGGAUGUAACCGUCGCGGCUCCUAUAUACUGGACAAGGUUUAAUGGGGUACUUCCGGUCCAGUCAUUUAUAAAUGACGGUAAACUAAUUAUCUGUGACGCGGCGAUGAGGGAUGCCGGGACGUAUGUCUGUGAUGUCAACAUAACGGAAAUUGUAGUGAACCCUGGCGUCAUCAAACUCCAGGUGAAGAAAGAAUCAAUGGUACGUGUGAGGUUGGUUGGAGCUACAGGAGUGUUCGAGGGGCGCGUGGAGGUUCUGUAUCGGAACCGUUGGGGGACGGUUUGUGAUGAUGGCUGGGACGACGCUGACGCACGUGUCGCGUGUCGAAUGGCAGGCUUCACGGCGGGCGGUGUAGCCAAGUCAAAGGCCUACUUCGGAACCGGAAGUGGUACCAUAUGGCUGGACGACGUGAAUUGUACAGGGAACGAAGACACGUUAGAAGAAUGCGCCUCGAACGCAUGGGGGGACCACUCUUGUUACCACCAGGAGGACGCCGGAGUCAUCUGUCACAUCGAUCUGCCAUUCUUUGGAGGGUUGCGGUUGUCUGGUGGACGUCUCCCUGGAGAAGGACGUGUCGAGAUGAACCGCAUGGGUGUUUGGGGCGCCCUCUGUGACGAGGGGUGGGACGACAGGGAUGCUACCGUUGUCUGUCGGAUGAUGGGUUUUAAUCUCGGAGGGUAUCGGAACAGACCAGGAGCCUAUGGCGGCACGGACAAACCAGCAUGGAUGACAAAUGUCCGUUGUUUUGGAGAUGAACCGGACAUUUUCCAAUGUGGACAUCGUGGAUGGGGUCUUCAUGUCUGUCCCCAUGACAACCACGCAACAGUAACUUGUGCAUAAUCGUGCGGUCAUCGCAUCUAGCCCCGCAACAACUACAUCACGUGACUUAGACACGAUCGAGUAUAUGUACGGUUACCCGUUGUUGUCUGUUACCGUGGCAAUCAUGCCACAUUAUUAGGAAGAUAUCUUAUAUUUGAUUUUCGUUGACUGAGUACAUGAGAUAAUUGGGCUAUCAUAUCUCUUAUUAUAUAAACUUAAAACAUCGUUUACAAAUACAAAUGCGACAUAUAGUCAUUGAUGAUUGAUCUCGUAUAUUGUUUAUAGGUUAAUCGGUUUGAUUACGCCAUAUAGAUGUACGUCUUAUAGUUCAGAAGUGUCUAUGUAGUUAAGUUGUAUACAUUUUGUAUACGAAAUGUUAAUUCUUAACCAGAAUUUUUCGUCUGAAAGACAAACACUUUUAUAUGGAGAGUUGAUCGUUAUAUGUUAUUUUUGAUACAUUGUACAUGCAAUUAGUUGUAUGACGUUUACAUUUUUUUUUUACGUUUUUGUCACUUAUGAUAUGCAGAAUGGAAAAGACAACUGUCUAAUUUCAAUGCCACAUGGUGUAAUGUAUUUUAACCAUAAAACUAUAUAUUGUUUAUAUCGAUGUGUAACCCCAAGUAUAACUGUUAACUUGUAUAUAUUUCCAUGUGCGGUCCCAAUUUUUCAUUUCGACUGUAGUAAAUUAGUCACUAAAACCAUGAUUUAAAUGUAUAGAAAUGUAGUUUGUAGAAGAGUUAUAGUCAACUGUUAUGUUGCGAUAUGCCAUUGCUAGUUUGUGAUUUAUGUGUCGCUCUACGGUGUUAUAUAGUGCAAUAAAAUAUUGUUUAUAAAAGA